UCAUCUAAUCACGUGACAACCGAUGUCAAUUGCGUAGCAGGAAAAUGGCGGCUUCAUCCCGUUUGGGGAAGAAGUUAGCUACGAAAACCCGUCUUUCUGCUUCACUGGAUCCCAAAUUAACCACAGAUUCGGUUAAUGAAACACGGAAAUAUUCCUGCGAGAAAUCGGAUUACAAAAGGAAGCACACAAUUGGCCGAAGGCGUGCUGUGUCUCGCGUGGUUACAUAUGAUGAAUCUGUUCCACUGUACGAAGCAUUUGUCCGUGCUGCAGAACUACGUGAAAAGAAAUCGGAAACAGCCAGAGACAAAAACCAUGGCAAUGUUUCCACGCCUUCUAUGUCAUCCGUCCGAGAAAAUGACAAAGGAAGAGAAGACAUCAGUGCCACCAGCACCACCACUGUCAUCAAUGAUAGUACCAAGACCAAAAAAUAUCUCCGUAGUGUUAAUCACAAGAGUAAUACAUUACUAUCAUCAGAGUUGCAACAUAGUGUGAAGAAAAGAAAAAAUUUGAAGAGAUUGCAGUUGAAAAACGAUGCCUUAAAGAUGAAAAAUCAGAGGAGUGAGGUACAGAUAAAAAAGCAAACAGGAAAAGGCCGUCCCAAAAAGUCGGCAUCAUUGCCUUCAUCCUCCAUGCUAUCAUCAAAACGAACUUCUCCAUUAAGAACCAAAAAAACUAUUUCAAAAUCAAAUGUCGAUAACUUAUUGCGGCUAAACAAAGGUAAAAAACUCUCUGUGUGUCUAAUACGUUUGAAGCGUGAAGCAAGUUUAAACGCUGCUGCAAAAGUGAAUUUGAUAUAUAAUGAAAGUUUACAGUCUCCUUCAUCAACUGUUUUAUCAUCACCUUCUUCAGCAUUUUGUUCUUCACAUAGCAGUGGUAGCAAGCAGACAACACAAACACAUGCACUUGGAUCUAGAACAUACAGACAGAUGAAGAAGAACAAACAUAAAAUUGUAAAUAAAACUAAAAAUGCACAAGGUUUGCGUCUGAAAAGAGACAGCAGCUUGGCAACAAUUAGUUCUCCUGCAAAUUCUUUAACUCCCUCACCUCGUUCUUCUUCUUCACGUUCUUCUUGUUCUUCCUCUUCUUUGUGGCAAUGCAAAUCUGUUGCGGAGAUGAUUACAGUGAAGAGAAAACCUGGAAGAAGGAAGCAACAUGAAACUUCUUCUUCAUCCUCAUCUUCAUUUUCUUCUGCAAAUAGAAGUAAAAGACAAUUAAAAAUAAGAACAAAGAAACACAAAGGACCCUCAUUGUCUAUAGCCAAAAAGUCACUUGAACCCAAAAAAUCCAGGCUCAAAAAGUGUCACACAGUUAGAUCAACUAGAAGACAACAACAGCAACAACAACAACAGCAGCAGCAGCGAAAGAAGAGGAGUAAAGAAUUGGGAGAAAGGAAAAAGCAUUUAAAAUUUUCUCAGACUGAAAAUCUUGUUAAACCUGCGCUGAAUCGAAAAUUAAAAGAGUGUAAUAUUCAUGAAUUAGACUCCUCUUCAUCAAAUUUACUGCAGAGUGACAAUGCUAAAGAUGUUGAAGUGAUUUCGUCUCUCCCAGUUUCAGCAUCAAGAAAACGCAACUUAGGGUUUAUGUCAGCACAAGAAUAUUAUGUCGGUACAAGUAAUAUCAAAGCAAUUCCAGCAAUGAAAAAACACAGGAAUGAGUAUCUAUCGCCUUCUAAACUCAUUCCUAGUAAUGCUAAGAAAACUUCUUCAAUAUCAAUACCACGAUCGGAGAAUCGUAAGUUAAAGUUUCAAACUUCGUUAUCAUCAACAUGUCGCAGGAGUUGUUAUACUUGCCGUUUACAAGCAGGUGUUCGAUUGAAAGAGUUUGAAACCAGGUGUGAAAAGGCAAAUGAAGAGCUGCAGCAUGAUGCAAAUAUGAAUAAAGCAAUUAUGAAUCAUGGUCAAUGUGCAAAAGACUGCAUCACAUGUCAUCUUGGAGCAGAUAUGCGGUUAAAUGAAUAUGAAUGCAAUGAAACAAAUUGUAAAAUAAACAUGAAUGAUGGAAUAUACCAAGGAAAUGACAUAUUGCCUUGUCAUUUAAGAGCAGGAUUAGAAAAAUAUCGAGUUGGCUGUGAGGCAGACAAUAGUGGGACACAGUGUCACAAAAACUGUAUCAUUUGUCGUCAUUUCAGUUCAGGUUUGGGUGGUUAUCAUGUCGGCUGUGAAAAUAAAAACAUGGAAGGGGAACGAAAUCCAAACAAUGAUGGCAUAGCAGUUGUGAAUGCGUGUCGUUUUGUUCAAACUAAUGAUACUCCAUCACCUCUACUGGCGCCAACAUCGACGCUGCCUUCACAUGAAAAAAAUUGCAGUGCAGCUUUAGAAAACUCAGUGACUCUGAUGCAAUGUUGUCACCAGCGCCAGCAUCAUCACCGCCAUCAUCACCAUCUUAACCAGCACCCGCAUCUUUCUCCUUUGGAAAAUCCCCAAAAUUUAUUCCGAAAUCAGAAUCCAGCAGAAAGUAGUAAAAAGCAGCGAACUCUUAAAAAACUGGAGCAUAAUGAAGCAAUUGAUGAAGAUCUAGAUGUUGUUACUGUUCCAGAUGAUGACCCUGCAGUGAAGUAUUUGAAUUUCAAUGUAAAAGACAAUUAUCAAUGCCGAGCAAUGAGUUGUAAUGUUAUACAAGAAAAAUUCACUAAUGCUAGUGAGGAAUUAAUUAAUAAGCGAUUAACUAAUAUUGCCAUUUCCACUAACGACUCUCAUGCAGAUUGCGAAAAUUUGAAAAAUAUUAAAUCUUUGAAAUUGCCAGAUGAUGAUGGAAUUGAUGAAAUAAUAGAUGGCUCUGAUGUGAUUGAUGUUGUAGGAGAUGAAGAUAUAUCUGCUAGCCCUGAUUAUCGUCAGAAUCUGAUGUCUAAUUUUAAAUUUGGAGAAACAACACUCAGUAAUGACAACCGCCAUGACCACCAGCACAAGCAUGACGACAAUGAUGAUGGUAAUGAUAGUAGCAAACCGUGUAAAUCUGUUAAUGAUUUCAAACUUGAAAAAUUAACAUUAACGAACAAGCAAAACAAAAAGUUUGGUUUUGCCGUUGCUGUUUCGUCUGAUUCAUUAACAUCAUCAUCAUCAUCAUCUUUAUUAGCUAACGAGUUUUCUCGCUCAAAUUGUUAUCAAAGUUUAAAUUCUAACAGAAAUGACAGCAUCAGUAAUACUACUAAUAAUAAAAAAAAUCCAGGAAAAUCUACUGCAAAAUCACUACAUUUUACAAAUUUAAAAGCUCUCAAAUCAAAUGAAAGAUUAGAUGGCGCUACUACUGCUGAUGCAGUAUCAACAUCAGCUAAAGAUACACAUGCUAAUUAUGCAAAUUUAAUUAUUAUUGGAGAUGAUGACAAUAAAUUAAUAUAUCCUACUAAACGAUCAGCAACUGAAGUUGUAGGGGAUGUACAUCCCAAAAAAAGAUGUUAUAAUUACACAACACCUUUAGAUGGUAUUGGAAGCAGCCGUUUUCCUUCUAGUACUGCUGGUGCAACAACUACUACUUCAUUUGGGCUGUGUAGUAACAAAUAUUAUUAUUGUAGUAGUAGUAGUAAUAGUAGUAGUAAUGAUGGUGGUGGUAGUAAUAUGCAAAAUACUUGUGUAAGUAAUAAAAAUAUUAAUAGUAUUGAUAACGAGCUUGGUGGUGUUUGUGCAAAAGAAUUGUAUUGCUCCAAUGAGGAACAGUAUAUUUGCUAUGAAGCUAAUUGUCAGAAGCAUUCGCUUAUGAUGGAAAAUUCAUUACGCAAAGUUCCGAAAAGUCUUGCUGAUUUAAAUAUUCCAACUUAUGAAACUUGUUCAAAGAGACCAAUAGCACCAAAGAAAUUGAAUAAAUUAAAGUUGUCAAGAAUUGGUAGUUUACAAGGAAACACUUGGGGAAAACAUACGAUGAUAGCAAAAGAAAUGGUGGAAAGAUCGGAUAAGUGUAAAUUGACUGAGAAAAGUCCUGGUUUUAAUGAAGAAACUUGCGGAAAUCAUCCAGUGAUGGCAAAACGAGUGACAGAGAGAUCAGAUAAAUGUAAUUUGUCUGGUAAAAAUUGGGAAAAGCACGACACAAAGAUUGCAAAAUUUGUACCCAGAAAAAGGUCACAAAAAGUUGCUGGUUUUCAUGGACAAAAUUGGGAAAAAGAUGCAAGGGUUUCAAAUUCAGUGUCUGGAAAAACAUUUGAGAACAUUGUUAGUUUUCAUGGAGAAAACUGGGAAAAACGUACUGCAGGGAUUUCAAAUUUAAUGUCUGGGAAAACCUCUGAAAACAUUAGUGGAUUCCAUGGACAAACUUGGGAAAAAGAUGCAGUGGUUUCAAAUUUGGUGCCUGCAAAAAUAUUUGAAAAUGUUGCUGGUUUUGAUGGAGAAAACUGGGAAAAAUGCACUACAGGGAUUUCAAAUUUGGUGUCUGGGAAAAGAUCAGAGAAAGUUACAGGUUUCAGUGGACAAACUUGGGAAAAAGAUGCUAGGAUUUCAAAUUUGGCAUCUGGAAAAACAAAUGAGAAAAUCUCUGGUGGGUUUCAUGGAGAAGAUUGGGAAGAAUGCACCACAGGAAUUUCAAAUUUGGUGUCUGGGAAAACCUCCAAAAAUAUUAGUGAUUUUCAUGGACAAGAUUGGGAAAAAAAUGCAGGGGUCUCAAAUUUGGUGCCUGGAAAGGCGUCUGCGAAAAUCACUGAUUUUGACUCCAAAAUCUGUGAAAAAAAUGCAAUGAUUGCAAACUUGAUGUCAAAAAGAAAGGAUGAGUGUAAAGUAUCUGAGAAAUUCACUAGUUUUGAAGGAGAAAUUUGUGGAAAAGACACAGUGGUGGCAAGUUCAUCAUCAAGAAUAGGUGAAUAUAAAACAGCUGAGAAAUUUGCUAGUUUUGAAGGAGAAAUUUGUGGAAAACAUCCGUUGAUUUCAAAAGCAAUGCCAGAGGGAUCGGACAAAUUUAAAAUAUCUCAAAGAAUUGCUAGUUUUGAUGGAGAAAUUUUUGAUAAAAAUGCGGUAAUGACUAAUUUGAUGCCAGAGAGAUCAGAUGGAUUUAAAAUAUCCAAUAAAAUCACUAGUUUUGAUGGAGAAAUCUGUGAUAAGAAUGCAGUGAUAACAACUUUGAUGCCAGAGAGAUCAGGAGAAUUUAAAAUAUCUGAAAAGAUUGCUAGUUUCGCUGGACAAACUUGUGAUAAAAGUGCAGUGAUUUUAAAAUCAAUACCAGCAUGUUUACCUUCUCCAGAAGCAAAACGGUCCGGAAACAUUGCUAGUUUUGCUGGACAAACUUGUGAUAAAAGUGUGGGUAUUUUAAAAGCAAUGCCAGCACAUAAAUCUUCUUCAGAAGCAAAACUAUCUGCAGACAUUACUAGUUUUGACGGACAACCUUGUGAUAAAAGUGUGGUGAUUUUAAAAUCUAUACCAGCAUGUAUGCCUUCUCCAGAAGCAAAACUAUCUGCAAAUAUUGCUAGUUUUGAUGGACAAACUUGUGAUAAUUGUCCAGCGGUUGCAAAAUCGCUGUUAGUAAGAAAAGCAGGGAAAAUUCAGUUUGCUAGGACAAACGUUGCAGCUUUUGAUAGACAAAGUUGUGACAAAAAAAAACACCCGGUGAUGAGCAUGAGAAAGUCAGUACCAAAGAAACCAAUUGAAUGUAAAUUUCCAAAAGAAAUUGCUUGUUUUGAUGCUACAGAGUGUUGUGAAAGUCAUUUUAUGAUGGAAGAAUCACUGCAGCAUCAUGGUGAAUGUAAGGGGUCAAAAAACCUUGGUGUUGAGAGAGAAACUUGUGGAAAACCUUUGUUAACAAAAGGUUCACUAUUGCAUACACCAAAUAAAGUAUCUCUGAGAGCUGCAAGCCUUUGUACUGAUGUACAGUCUUGUAAACAUCACUUAGUGAUGGAAGAAUUGUCACAGCUUUCUCAUGGUAAAUCAAGUACAUUUAAAGGAUCAAAAAAAGUUAGUACUGAGAGAGAAUCUUGCAGAAAACCUUUGUUAAUGAAAGGGUCUCCAUCACAUAAACCAAGUAAGACAUCUCCAAGAACGUCAAGCCUUAGCCGUGAAUUACAAUCGUCAUGUAAAAAACAUUCAUCUUCAGAGGGAUCCCUAGCAUAUAAAGCACACAAAUGUAAGAGUAUUGCUGGUGAUAAUCUUAAAAUGCAAUCAUGUACGAAACACAUGUUGAGAGAAAAACCACUACGAAAAUCUAGUAAAUUAACUGAGAAAGCCACAAGACUUGAUCUUAAAGCAGAAUCAUGUAGCAAACAUAUAAUGCCAAGAGAAGCACCAGUGCGGAAAUCAAGUAAACUAAAUGAGAAACCUACAGGACUUGAUCUUAAAGCACAGAUGUGUAGGAAGUUUGCAGUAACAAAGGAAUGUGAGUCAUUACCGGUUAAGGCGUCAAAGAGAAUAGCUAGUCUUAAUGCCCAAGCAAUAAUGGAUCUUUGCCAAGAAACUCGACAGUCAAGACGAGACUUGAACCAAGAUAGUCAUCGUUCUGCAAGAACUCAUUACAUAUUUAAUCCAAGACGGCAAUCAUGUCGGUGGGUGAAUGGUCUUGGGAUGAUUUUGAUGAAUAAUAUGGCAGACGGUGAGGAUUUAAGUAAUGAAGAUGAGGAUAUAUUGAGCCAGAAGAUGUUGGGUAGCUGCUCAAUGACAGGGCUUGGUGUGAAUGCCGAUGCAACAAAAAUAGUCUGUUUGGCCAGUGGUACUAAUAGCAACACUAUCUGCAGUGGUGUGAAGAACAACAGCAAGAAAUUGGCUGCCACGACAAAAAAUAAUAAUAAUAAUAAUAACAAUAAUAAUAUUUCUCGAGAUGUUGACAUGCGAGUGCUCAGUGAUAUCUCACCCUCUGAUGACUGCAGUGUUGAUAUGCAAAUAAAGACGCAAAACAGUGGCAGCAGUAGCAAUAACAGUAGUAGUGGCACCACAACAUGCGACACAGCAACAUUGACGACAAAAAACAAAAAUUUGAAUUCAAAUUCACCAUCAUCACUAUCUUCAUCAUCCUCAUCAAAAUUUUCAAAUGUUAAUAACAUUGUAUCGCAUCCUAAAACCACUCCGUCGACAGAUUCUACAAAAACUACUCACCCAAGUUGUUCUUCACUUCCGUGUAUGCUUGGAGCAACGGGAGCUGGGAGGGAUAAUUCUGCUCACAGUCAGUGCCAAGCAUUCACCUUAACAGGGAUUGGAAGUAUUACAAAUUUCACCAAUGUUCCUUACCAUCAUCAGACUUAUGGAAGAGGGCAAUUUUCUGUUCCUUGCAGUCAUUAUGGUUAUUAUCCAAAUGGGAAUUACUGCUCUCAUCCUACGCCAAUGGUUCCACAGUUGUCAGAGCCUUGUGUCCUUAGUCACUCUUUACCAAUUCAUGUGCCACAUGCAGAGGUUAAGGUGCUUAUACACAACCCAAUCCCAACACAACCCUUUGUGCAACAUCCAACCACUGAUGCAACGAUGACAACUGCCACUGUGAGCAACAACAGUUCUUCUGUGCAACCACAAAAAGUGCCAUCACAACAACAACAACGGCGAGGACGCAAUGUUGGUGGAGGCACAAAGAAGACAUCAAGACUAUCAUUGAUGCGGUCACCUAUAUCUCAAAGCAAAACUAAAAGUGUUGGUGUAAGACUUGGUGUUGAGAAGAAUGAAGGGAAGGAUCACAGAAAAUCUGAGACAAAGAAGAAGACCAAAAUUAAUAAUAAUAACAAUAACAACAACAACAACAACAAUAAUAACAAUAACAACAACAAUAACAAUAAUGAUAAAAAUAAUAAUAAUAAUAAUAAGAGAAGCCAGAAAAUUAUGAAAAAGGCUACAUCAAUGAAAGACAAUCUUAAGAAAAUAAAUCUCUGUGGUUGUGAUAUAAAAGAGAUUACCUUGGACAAGAGCGAAAGGUGUUUGAUGGUUUCCAAAAGAAAGAAGACUUAUUGUGGGUGGUCAUGGGAAGGUGUGCCGGAAAUGAAAGCAAUACUUAACGUGACUGUUGAUGCUCCACCGGUUGAGCGUAAAUGCUACCCGGCCAUCAAACAUGAUGAUGGAGAUAUUAUUCGCGUUAGAGAUUGUGUUCUGUUGAAGUCUGGGCCUCGCAAGAAAGACGUACCAUUCACAGCAAAAGUAAUGGCCUUCUGGGAAAACCCACCUGAUGGGGAAAUGAUGAUGAGUUUACUCUGGUACUAUCGACCUGAGCAUACUGAGACUGGUCGUAAACCCAGUCAUGUAGACUGUGAAGUGUUCGCUUCGAGGCACCGUGACGUCAACAGUAUAGCUUGUAUAGAGGAGAAAUGUUACGUGUUAACAUUCAACGAAUACUGCAGGUAUAAAGCAGAAGUACGGAGAACUGAAGCAAAUUUUCCAGCAAGACGGAAAGUUGUCCCACGACUUACAGAAGCUUAUCCCAGACACAGCCGACUUCCUCCUCUCGAUGCCAACCCUGAGACUGUUUUCCUUUCAUUGUGUUUCCAUGCACAGGAUCAUACAUUAGUUCUAAAGAACUAA